AGUGUGUGAGAUCGAGAUGACUUGAUGAUCGUGAGAAUCUAAUAGAGAGGGAGAAAAGAAAGAAAAUUUCUUAGAUCACCUACUUUCUGUUAGAUGAUUAUUUCUUCGGAUGAUCGCGAGAGAAGAACGUAAGAACGGAGUCCAUUGACAGGAUUGAGGUGAAGUGGGAAAGUGCAAUCUGCGAUUUGCAUCGCGCAAAAUCGUUCCUCGAUGAUAUGAUGACGGAGUAACGACGUUACUCCGAUAUACGGAUUACAGUCAUAACUUAUAUGCUGGGGCCAUCGUUUCUCUCCGCGACUCGCCAAACAUGUACAAUGUCGACGCGAAUAAAACUUUCAAUACAAUCGUGAAGACCAUUUUGCGGAUUUAACGUUCUCCAUUAAGCCGAUCGUAAAAUACAAAAUAUCGCAGCGUUUAUUGCGAUUGCGUGCGCGUAAUUCACGGAUUUUUGGCGGCACCAUCUGACAAUAAGCCGGAAAGAGACAAAGAUCCGAAGGAUCGGGAAGCAACGAUCGAGAGAUCGGGAGGAAGUGAGAGAUAUCUAGAUUUGUAGAACGGCUGUGCGUCGAGCACUCCGAUGUGUGCCACGGAUAUACCUUGUGCCAGUGCUCGCGUUUGAGUAAGAUCGACUUCUCCGGAUCUUUCUCUUUUGUAAAUCGAGAUCGCAGAUUUUCUCAUGCGAUUGACGGCGAACGACGCACGAUGCUGGCGAGUGCUAACGUGAGAGUGAGUGACGCGAUGUGAGUGCAGACGUACUUGACGGGAAUUCGAGCGGGCUACGAGACCGCUCAGCUGGUGAUACAUCUCGCUGACAGAUAUUGGAUCAUGGAUCUGCGCGUUGUCACUCAGCGAGCGUACUUUCUUAGGUGGAAUCGCGUGGUGGACAUCGGUGAAAGUAUCUUCGAUCGUUUGCAGAAGGUGAGAGAAGGAUGAAGAAUGCCCCGUGCUGGCGGAGGAGAUGGGGGUAGCGGACCCCAGAGAACGGGAGGGGGUGGUUUUGGAGGAUGGCUGGGAGGUGCCGCGAGGGCUAUGACAGGUGGAGGUGUCGGUGGUGGAUACGUCAUUUUGGGUGGCACCAGAUACGGCCUGCGGAUCUCUCAGGAGAGCCUGCCGCCGACCAAUUCCAGAGAGGAAUCGUCGCAGGAGCAUCGGCGAAAGCGGAAUUCGCGCGAGAGCGACUCGCGGGAGCGACUGACCGAGAAACCGGCGGAGAAGCCGCCGAUCGAUCUGGCCGAUUGCUGCUGCAUCGGUCCGCGAUCGCGACUUCCGCUCCCGCGGAUCCAGCCGACGGUCGGUUCCCCAACCAUCUCGAUCGCGUCCCCGAUGACGUCCGUGACGUCGUCGUGCCCUUCGAUCGUCGUCGGCGGUUGCUCGCCGCCUCUUCCUGCUUCUAUCGCGAGCGUCGCGGAGACGACGCCGCCGACGUUCGCUAAUAAUAGUCACGGCGCGGUGCAAACGUCGGCGGGCAACAUCGGCAGCACCAGCCAGCAGUCGCAGCAGAGGCAGCAGUCACACCACCACCAACAUCAUCACCACCACCACCAUCAGCAGCAGCAGCAGCAGCAUCAUCCGCAAACAGCGGCGGUGACGGCGGCGGUAACGUCGUCGUACCCGCCGUCGACGACGACGCCGUCUUCACCCUCGACGUUGCUCGGCUACUCGUCCGGCAUCCCGACGACGACGCAGACCGUUUCCGUGCCGCGGCAGCUCGCGCAGUGGACGAAGCAUCAGACGCUCAAGCUUCAGGAACCAGCCGUGAUAGCGGUGGACCGACUGCACAGGUUUCGCUGGAGCGGGGGCGGAGGAGGAAGUGGCAAGAAGUCCUCUUCCGGCCCCCGCAGCGAGAAGGCCGAGCGCCUUCGCGAACUUACCGAGAAACUCAAGGGACCGGCACCGGUUCCGCCACCCAGGAGACCGUCGCGGGUCCAGGCUAACUCUCCUCCUCCGAGCGGAUACCAGCCGUCGUCUCAAAAUUAUCCACAGACGGGCUCAAAUCCAGGUUGCGGUCGCUGCGAUGGUCGUCCAUCUCAUCGCAGCUUCACAUACAACGAUACCGGUCAACAUGGUGGCAGCAAUCAACAACUUCAGCAUCAGCAGCAGCCACAGAAGGACCAUCCGAAGACGAUCGUCCGCAGUGAGAGUGUCAGUGAAGAGUGUCUCAGUGAUCGAUCGGGAAACGACGCGUACCGAAAGUCCUGCCACGACUCGAGAAGGCCCUCGAGAACAGGCAGACCCGAGAGGAACAGUGGUGACGUCAGUGACCUCAGGAGCAAACAGAACGCCGAUGCGGAGGCGGCGAAGCACUUGAGACAGUACAGUGAUUCCGUGGUGGACAGUGCUACGAGUGUGGACGAUCUGUGCGAUAACCUGAACGCCGCUUCCGUCGGCGGCGAGGGAGAGGCCCGGGAUGCCAUAACCACGUUGGAACCGCGUGGGCUGCUCGCCUUUCACAGGGCCGGCGCACCCUUUAGGAGCGCCUCCUUCGGCCAGGUGGACUUUAAUCAAGAUGCAGAUUUUACUUUCAGCGCGAACUCGCACUUUCCUCUUGCAGUGAAUCGACAGAAAACUCAGCCGAUCGCGACAUCUAAUCGCUUCGAGAUUAAAGACGUUCGCGCAAGCACGUUACCCCGUCGUCGCGGUGACGUCACACCAGGUAGCUCGACACCCCAAAACAGUCCGAAUCGACAGAGUCCGAGGACGUCGACCCCCAGCGUCGACAGCGCCGUCGGCUCUGCCGAAGGUCUAGGUGUAGUCUCUCAGCAAGGGAACCACGAGGAGAUCCGACCCAGAAGCGAUGGUUCGGACAGCCUGGCAACUUCCAGUGCGCUCACCAGCCCGGAACCUCUGGUCCCAGAAGUGAACGAGCCAAGGGUCGAUCAAACAGAUGCUCCCGUCGUGGAGUCGAUCAGCCACGAAUCGGUUUACCCGAUUGUCGAAGGAACCACCGUGGAGGAAACCGUUCAAAAAGAGACCAGAAUAGAGCCGCACGAGGUGAUCAUCACACCACCCCCAGAGGAGCCGCGUCUGAGUCAAGCUAGCGAGGGCAGCGAGGCGCCGAGCGAGACGCCCUCGGAGACGUCCUCGCCGUCCGGCAAGUCGAGACGUUACCGAGGCGACACCAGCAAGAGGAGGAAGGGCGUGUACAUAACUCAAUGGCCGGAGCCCUUGGACGCGGACAGGAACAAGCUGUCGGCUCAAAGCAGCGAGGAGAGAGACGAGCCACCUGCGACGCCCAGCGACCUGUCCGACUGCGAGGGCCACACGCCUCGAAGGUACAGCAAGAGGCCUCUUCGCGGACCCUACGGACAGAUGCUGGAGGCCGAGAUGGCGAAGCCGCGCACCGCCGACAUCGCUCUCGACGAGGGUCUACGUCCUCGCAGAAAGAUCUCGGCGAAUCUCUCGUUCAGCGCGAGCGGUAACAACAACGAGCCGCCUACGCCCUGCCACCACCGGACGACCUCCAGCCCGACGAAACUCGAGGGACUUCCGGGGCCGAGUCCCGAGCUGCUCGCGGAGUUGCUGAGAGGGUCCUCGGAGAGGGUUGCUCGCGCACCGGCGCAUCGAAACGACACGAGGACUCACGUGGUCGUGGAGCUUUAUGACACGGAACGAUCCUACGUAGAAGCGUUACAGAUACUAGUCAAUAAAUACCUACAGCCCUUGAAGAGCCCCGAGAAUGCCGGCUUGGUGGAUGCCGGAACAGUUGACGAGAUAUUUUAUCAGAUCCCUGCGCUUCUCAGCCAUCACGAGGUAUUCUUGGAGGAGCUGCGUAGGCGACUGGACACCUGGGAACUCAAGCAGACGAUCGGCGACGUCUUCCUCGAUGUGUUCACGAAACCGGUGGUGCUGGAGACCUACACCCUGUUCCUGGACAAUUGGAAAUCCGCGAGGAAGGCGAUAAAAACAACGUGCCAAGCGAAACCGGCCUUCGCACGAUUUCUCGAGACGAUGGAGCGCGAGCACAAGGGCAAAUUGGGUCUGGACCAGCUGCUGAUCAAACCUGUGCAGAAGAUCCCGCGGUACGAGUUGCUGAUACAGAGAUUGCUGAAGCACACAGAUCCGACGCAUCCCGAUUACGAGCUGCUGCAGGCCGCGCAGAAAGAGGUUCACGAGCUGGUCGUGAAAAUCAACUGCACGGAAAGGGAGUCACUCGAGUGGGAACAGCAGCAGACGACAUUAAGGGAGGUCCAGGCUCUUGUUGAAGGUCUCGCCGGCAUCGUAACGAACGACAGAGCUUUCGUCCGGCAUGAUCUGGUCACCAUAGCGUCGAAUCAGGGCACGCGGAAGGAACGGGCUUUAUUUUUGUUCUCCGAUCUCCUCGUCAUCACCAGCAUCAAGCGCAGAAGCGGCACGAUAAGAAAACCAUCAACGAGCACGUGUCCGAACAGUCUGGUUGGUCUGCUUGACGCAAACAAAUACAAAAUGCUGAUGCGAAUUCCACUGGAUGAUCUCGAAGUGAUGAAAGCCAAAGACGAGAAUUUAAGGCGAAUGGUGCGCGAAGUAGACUAUCUCCGAGAAGACUGCACGAAGUUAACUCAACUUCAGGAGCUCGCCGCGACUUUGCAUGGUGCCAAGCAGCAGUUGGAGGAUCUUAUCAAGGAUAUGCUGAGUCAGUCCCAGCGACAAUUGGCAGAAAGAAAUGCGGCGCAUUCGCAGUUAGCUUGUUUGGAACUAACACUCAAUACUCAAGCCGGAAUUGAGAAUAUAUCUGUUAUGUUCGCGAAACCGGACAAGCGUGCGAGUUGGGAAGAGAGCUUUAACGAAGCCAAACAGAAACUCGCUCUGUCAGCCGACAGGAGACCGUGUCCUGAAUUCGUGGGACCUCUUCCGAUCAGAAAGACGCGAGCUGGUCUCCAGUUCACGUGCGCGGCGCCGACUCUGGUGAACGGGCAGGGUUCGAAGGACGUUUGGGUCUGCAAUAGCGAUGGCUACGUCGGUCAGGUGUGUGUCCUGAGUCUAAGUCCGGAACCACCGCAGGUUACUAUGUGCAACGGAGUCUGCAACGCCAGGAUACUCUGCGUCGCCGGGAUACCUGCGUGCACACCCGGUUCGAACUCGUGCACGUCGAACAACAGUCCGUUCAUCAACAGCAAAAGCGGUAUAAGUAUAUCGGUGCAAGACGUGGAUGCCAGUGGCGGUAACAUACAGUUAGACAGUAGCUCGAGCUCCGACGACUCGGACUCGGACGACAUUCCAUGCGCAGAUACGGGCAGCGUGACAUUGAGCGGCGACGUGUCGAGUAUUGACAAUACUACUGCGGAGGAAGACGCAAAUCAGCCCACGAUGUGGCUGGGAACGGAGGAUGGUUGCAUCCACGUGUACAACUGCAACGACAACAUCAGGAUCAAAAAGAACAAGGUGAAGAUCCAACACGGAAGCAGCGUUCACUGCAUCAUAUACUUGGAUAACAAGGUGUUCGUCUCUCUUGCCAAUGGAGACAUCACCGUUUACGUUCGGGACCAUACCGGUGGAUGGAACACAUCGGAUCCGACGACAGUAUCCGUCGGGACGGUGGCAUCGCCGGUAACCAAGAUGCUAUCCGUUUCCGGGAAGCUUUGGUGCGGCUGUCACAACAGUGUUAAAGUUUUAAACACUCACACACUGGACAUCGAGCACACAUUCACGGUUAGCAGCGAUACGAGCCGCGCCGUUUCCUGCAUGGCGAAUUCUGGAGGCUUAGGUGUCUGGAUCUCCUUACACAAUAGCGCUGUGCUGAGGCUUUUCCAUUCCGGUAGCUAUGAAUGCCUAACGGAUAUCAAUAUUGCGCCGGCUGUCACCAAAAUGCUUGCCACAGGUUGCGAUGACAUAAUCCGGCAGCACAAGGCCGCGUGUCUCAGGGUUACCGCACUGUUGGCUUGCAACGAGUUGCUUUGGAUCGGCACGAGCGCCGGUGUACUGCUCACUGUGCCAAUUCCCCAUAUAAAGCCAUCCACUCAGAGGAUGUCGCAGCCACCGAUCGUGACUGGAAUUCCUCAUGGACACACGGGACACGUGCGUUUUCUCACCUGCGUGGAAACGCCGAACUCCUCGAAACCCGAUCCUCGUCCGAAGGUGAAUCGUUACUCACUGAAGUCGAAUAAGACGCAGCAAAACAAUAUCAAUCGCGGCAAACUUCUGGUGAUAUCUGGCGGAGACGGCUACGAAGACUUCCGUGGACCUCAAGCAUCCGCAGAACUGCAGGCCGGCCGCGAGGAUUCCACAAAUCAUUUGCUGCUGUGGAAAGUGUGAUAUGAUCUCGUACGACCCCAGGAUGAUGCAGUAGCUACUUUACAUCUAGCAAGGGUCGCGGUAAACGAAAGCCGGCAUGACACGCCGUGGGAAUCGUUGUUGUACGCGCAGCAGGAUGCAGACGGAUGCAACCGCCGUCGUCUGAUCGUGGCCGAUCAGGACGCGCCGGCAGGUCGGGUUUUCAAGGAGCGCGGUAGAAUUCUCUGGCUGAUAUUAGCCGAGUGGAUUAAGGGUAAGAUGCGGGAACUGCACUUUCAGGAUACGAGGAAAUAUUGAUUGCAGUUUGCACGGGAGUCCGACUGAUCGAGGCCGGUCUUGGACCUGUCUCUUUCUCUCCUUCUCUUUUUCUUUCCCUCAUCUUUGCGCGAUCUGUGAACGGAUGUUAUCCGUUGUUGUUUGGCCGUCAAUCAAUCGCGCAUGUCUGACGCAAAAUCGUCUACCAACGACAAGUGCUCGCGAUGGUCGAAUUUUUUUUCUUCUUGCUUUUUGAACAUAUAUUUGAGAAGUUAUAGGUAUAUUAUUAUGAAAUAACUGUUAUAUAAAUAUAUCUAAAGACCUGGAUGUUUAAAAAUUCUAUAUUUUUCACAUUAUAGAUUAUUAAAUUAUUAGCGAUUUGCAUUGUAUUUAUUUCGAUUCUGUAUUUGUAAUAUUUAUUAUGUAACCUAAAUAAAAAAUUAAUUAAUUUUUCUGCAUUGAGCACGUGCCUUUGGUCAAUAAAAUCGGACAAAUCGCGAGACCGAAUGUCAUGUUGGAAAUGUAGGAUCUGAUUCUAAAUGUUAUAUUCUCGAUGUCGAUGUAUAUGUCUGCCGUAUACGCAAAGACGCGAUUUCAAAGAUGGCCCAUAUGUUAAAUCAGUUUACUCCUACACAACACGAAAGUUCAAAAAACAUCUACAAACUUGCUGCGUCUUUUAAAUAAAGAUAAAUGCUUUUUGUGUCUUUCGGGUUUAAUUUUCUUUUAGUUGCACUUUCUAACAUCUUACAAAAUUAAAAUGGGAUAAGUGUACAAUGAAACUUUUCAAGGAUAUAUACAUAUAUAAAGAAAAUAAUAAAAAGUGCAACUAAAGAAAACGUGGAUAUUAACGGGCUGGAUCAAGUAAAUAAAUCAUCGACAUCGAUAAAUCGACGAUAGUGGAGUACGGUACCUGGAAGGGCGUUGAAUCGAGCUUAUAUAUAUGUGUGUGUGUGUAAAUGUAUCAACACUGGCCUAAAUCAAUUAAUGGAUAUAUAGAGAUCUAUAAUU